AUGCUGCCGGAGCUCCGAUGUGCGGUGACGUCACGGCGGAAGCGGAAGUGGCCGAGAUCUCGCGAGAUCACUAGCAAGGAAGACAGGGAGAGCCGCCGCAGCCGCACUGAGGGCCAGUGUCUGUGUUUCAUCGCUGCUCUUUGUGUCUGGCAGGAUCCGGAGGUGGGCACCGCAGGCCCGGACCCCCACUCCACGGGCCGCUGCCUGCUCACCCUCCUGGGCUUGGCGUUCAUCUUGGCCGGGCUCAUUGUCGGUGGCGCCUGCAUCUACAAGUUUUUUGUUCCGCGGCACAAGAUGUUUGAGGGGCAGCUCUCCUACAUGGACCGCACGGAGCUGGAGGAGGAGCCGUACUACCUGCCCGUGUCCGAGGAGGCCGACAUCCGCGAGGAGGACAACGUGGCGCUGAUCCGCGUCCCUGUGCCCAGCUUCUCCGAGGGCGACUCCGCUGCCAUCGUCCAUGACUUCGACCGACUCCUCACCGCGUACCUGGACCUGCAGCUGCAGAAGUGUUACAUCAUCAGUCUGAACACGUCGGUGGUCCUGCCGCCCCGCAGCCUGAUGGACCUCUUCAUGAAGCUGGCGAGCGGAUCCUACCUACCACAGACCUACCUUGUGCGCGAGGAGCUGGUGGUGACGGAGCGGAUCGAUGACGUCUCUGAGCUGGGGGUCUUCAUCUACCAGCACUGUGUGGGGCGGGAGACCUACCGGCUGCAGCGGAGGGACCAGCUCCCAGGGAUACAGAAGCGCUCGGCGGAGAGCUGCACGCAGAUCGCCCACUUUGAGAACACGUUUGUGAUGAUGACCCGGAUCUGCCACGAGUGAGGCGCGGCGGCGGUGGCGGUGGAGGCGGCUUCUUGAUUUUUAACCUGUGCAGUGAUAAUCAUUCUUGACCUGUGCUCCUGCUUGUAGCUUCUGUACGGACUGACGUCACCGCGUCCGGCGGCAAACCUCAGGAAAUCACCUAGAAUUAGCGGC